GAGUUUUUUUUCAAAGGAUUAGCUUAAUCCCAAUAGAUACACCCGCGAAACGUCGCAGUCAAGGCUUUCAGAGUGCCAUCAAGAAAGUCAGAAGACAUGAAAAAAUUGAUCAAGAAACUACGUCAGGAAGUCUUUGUUUGGCAACAGCUGGAACACUCGCACAUACUGCCUCUGUAUGGCACUACGGACGACUUUGAAGUUGUCCCGGCACUAGUGUGUCCAUGGAUGGAAAACGGUUCUCUCCAUGAAUAUCUGGAUAUAAUAUGGAGUGAGCAGUUACCGCCCGAAGCACAUAGCCUCUUUCUUCUUCUCUUCCAAGUUGUUUCAGGUCUGCAGUAUCUGCAUUCUAAAAACAUUAUACACGGAGACCUUAUGCCUCCUAAUGUUCUGAUCGACGAGAACGGGAACGCCCUCCUUGCGGACUUUGGCCUGUCGCGCCUGCUGGCAGAUCACGAGACAUCUUUCUUCGCAUCUAACAGAUCAGGCGCAAUUCGUUGGGCUGCUCCUGAAAUUAUACCGCUUGAUACUGAAAAGCCCAACGAAGUUGUUGAGCCAAAUAAGGCGAGCGACAUCUAUUCAUUUGGUUGCAUUAUGAUGCAGGUGCUCUCUGGCUGCCCCCCGUACUUCGACAUGAAGUUGGAGCCUCCUGUUAUUGUGGCCAAAUCUCAAGGCAAUUCGUCAAAACGACCCGAACAGCCUGCAAUUUCUGACAUUUAUUGGCGCUAUAUUGAACGAUGUUGGUCGACACAGAUCAAGACGCGGCCCUCGGUUGAUCAAGUUCUGGACUAUAUAAAGGCAGAAUACGACAGACAUAGGUUAUUUUCAAACUAAGUUAGGUGUUCCUGCCAGCGAUACAAACGAGUUGAUCUCGAAUACCACAUUUUCUCGUGUCCUUGCAGUCGCAACGCAUGUUGUAUCUAUUCCAUCAUGACACAGUCUGGUACUACGUACUAUCGCAUCCUCCUGACUCCGCGACAUUCAAGUCGUUAAUGCAAAUUGCAAUAUCAUUCGGUUCCGCCCUCAAUUUGCAAAGACUCGACUCUCGUUGACUCAUACCCCACUGCUUGCUGUACAGAACGGUGACGAGAGCUCUCAGGUAGUCGAGUCAUCG